AUGAACACAUUGAAAGAUACCAUUCAACCAGUUUCUACAAAGAUAUUCCCAAGCUCUAUAGCCACAACAGAGAGCAAGAACAAUGGCAGCUAUGCAAUAAUUGGCAUGGGCGGAAGGUUUCCAGGUGGAGAUGACCUGGAUUCAUUUUGGAAUGCGCUUGAGGAAGGCCUGGACCUCCACCAACCGGUACCUAUAAGUCGAUUCGACCCCGAGACACAUUAUGAUAAAACCGGAAAGAUUCCCAACACUACAUUAACCCCUUACGGCUGUUUCCUUGACCACCCUGACCUAUUUGAUGCUCGACUAUUUAAUAUGUCACCCAAGGAAGCCGCAGCAACAGAUCCAGGCCAGCGACUGUUAUUGAUGACAACGUAUGAGGCUCUUCAGAUGGCAGGAUACCCACAUAACAAAGCAAUGUCGACACAUGGCCAUCGCGUGGGAACAUUCAUCGGUCAAACCAGCGACGACUACCGUGAAGUAAAUGAGGGUCAAGAGAUUGGUAUAUUCUGGACCCCCGGUGGUAUGCGAGCCUUUGGGCCAGGGAGACUGAAUUACUAUUUCGGGUGGGAUGGCCCGAGCUACAGUAUCGAUGCUGCUUGUUCAUCUAGCAUGGCGGCCAUUCAGGUCGCAUUGACCACAUUGAAAAAUAAAGAAUGCGAUAUGGCUGUCGCUGGUGGAGUGAACAUCAUUACCUCUUCGGAUCCAUACGCAGGUCUAAGCCGUGGAGGUUUCUUGUCGCUUACCGGAUCAUGUAAAACGUGGGAUGCCAACGCCGAUGGGUAUUGUCGCGGAGAAGGAGUGGGUGUUGUUGUGAUUAAGCGACUAGAGGAUGCUAUUGCAAGUCGUGACCCCAUCCAGUGCGUGAUUAGGGGCAUAUCAACAAAUCAUUCCGCGCAGGCAAUUUCUAUUACCCACCCACAUGCUGCAACACAAGUCAAAUUAUUUUCUGCUGUACUCAAUGAUGCCGGAGUUAAGCCAAAUGAGGUCGAUUAUGUCGAGAUGCAUGGAACGGGUACACAGGCUGGAGACAGCAUUGAAACAGCUGCAAUGGCUGAGGCCAUGUCCGCUCGGUCAAGUGGCGACCGUCCCAUGUAUAUCGGCACUGUCAAGCCCAACAUUGGCCACGGGGAGUCCGCUUCGGGUGUAGCAUCCAUCAUGAAAUCCGUGCUCAUGUUCAAGAAGUCCAUCAUACCACCACACAUCGGCAUCAAAGGCACAAUAAACCCCAGUAUUCCGACUCAAAAACUCGAUUCCCUCAAUAUACAAAUCCCAAGGACCAAGGUGCCAUUCUGCAACGGUGAAAAACCUCGAAGAAUUCUGGUCAAUAAUUUUAAUGCAGCUGGAGGAAAUACAAGCUUGCUUCUCGAAGACUACGUAAUCGAUCAACAAGGAAGGGAAGAUACUCAAGACCCUCGUCCAUAUCAUGUUGUUGCUGUCUCGGCAAAGACCAAAAGUUCGCUCCAAAUGAAUGUCAACCGCUUGACUACACUUCUGAAAACAAAAGAUGAUAUCAGAUUGGCUGAUUUGGCCUACUCUUUAACUGCACGGCAAAUUCACCAUCCAUUACGCCAGGUAUACACAGCCACCGAUAUGCCCCAGUUGAUAGCCAACUUAGAGCAAGGACUUUCAAAAGCAAUUGAACCUCCGAAAAUUCGACCUAGGCCAAUAUUUCUCUUUUCAGGGCAGGGAUCUCUUUACCCAGGCAUGGGCAGUCAGCUUUACGCGACCUGCAAUGUAUUUGCGGACAAGAUUCGCGAAAUAGAUGAGAUUUGCCAUAGCCUUGGUCUUCCGCCUAUCCUUCAAACAUUCGAGAAUGCCCUCUUUGACCCAACAAAUGCCAGCUCUUUGCAAGGCCAGCUAACAAUUGUUGCCGUCGGAAUAGCUCUUGCUACGCUCUGGCGAUCGUGGGGUGUAGAGCCACAGCUUGUAUGUGGACACAGCCUCGGCGAAUAUGCGGCACUUUGUAUCUCUGGGGUAUUAAGCUUACAUGAUACCUUCUACCUUCUUGGUGAGCGUGGAAAACUCAUUGAGAAAUUUUGCCAGCGAGGAACUCAUGCGAUGUUGGCUGUCAGUAUGCCCCCAGACAGACUCGAGCAAAUAUUGUCGGGGGAGGAAUUCGCUGCUUGUGAAAUUGCCUGCUGCAAUGGGCCUGGGUCUACUGUUGUCAGUGGUGCCGUGGAGAGCAUCACAGCCCUAGACAGUUCCCUGAGAAACAUUCACUGUGUCAGAGCUCAAUACCUCGAUCUUCCGUAUGCUUUUCACUCAGCCCAGCUUGAUCCAUGUCUGGAGCCGUUUAUUGCCAUGGCCCGCAAAGUACGAUUCCAUAAGCCGAACAUACCUGUUGCGUCGACGUGCGAAGGAAAUAUCGUGACAGACACCGGUAUAUUCGGCGCAGAGUAUCUCGGUCGACAGGCCCGGCAGCCAGUUCUGUUUCAGGAAACGGUUGAGACAAUCCUCUCUACGGGUGGAUUUGAGGUUGACUCUACCUUCUGGAUAGACAUUGGCGCCCGGCCACUUUGCCUUAAUAUGGCGAAAUCCAUUCUUGCGGGAAGAUGCGCGAACAUCUACCCCUCAAUUACGUCUAAAGAAGACAACUGGCUUACUCUAUCUAAGAGUGUUUCUAGCAUAUACAGGGGUGGUAUUGAUAUUGAUUGGAGCACCUUCCAUCGGGAGUACGAGAGUACCCUGCAGUUUGUAACAUUGCCGAGCUACGCGUUUGAUCUGAAAAGCCAUUGGCUGCAGUAUGAAGGAGACUGGCUGAUUACCAAGUCUGGCUGUGAGAAUAAACCGAGGCCGAGCUCACAGCAGCAAACAUUCUCUCCAACAGCCACAUUGCACCGGAUUGAGCGAGAAGAGUUCAAAGAUGAGGGCUCAAAUGUGACAUUUGUUUCAGACCUGAAUGAGGAGCAUCUCAGUGCUAUAAUUUCAGGUCACUUGGUGAACAAAGUUGCAUUAUGCCCCAGCUCUGUGUAUGGUGAUAUGGCAUUUACGGCAGCCUCUUAUAUCUGGGAACGCAUCAAUUCAGACGAUAUACCAGCCAUGGAUCUUGCAGACAUCGAGGUACAUAAACCUCUGAUCUUGGCCGGAAAAGGCGAGCAACUGGUGUUUAUCACAGCUUCCAAGGAGUCUAAGUCUUCUUCGGUUUCAAUUACUAUCAGCUCAAAGGGCAAUGGGACGACUCAUUCAGAGACUGUACAUGUGACAUGCAGUGUUCAUUAUGGCAAUUCGAAAGAGUGGAUGUCACAAUGGACAAAGCAGCAAUACCUGAUUCAGGGCCGAAUUGAUAGCUUGAAACAAGCUUCUCUCGAAGGUAAAAUCCAUCGACUGAAGCGCGGUAUGGCUUAUAAACUCUUCGGAAGCUUUGUGGAAUACAGUAAGCAGUUUCAAGGAAUGGACGAUAUCCACAUGGACUCCGAGAUUCUAGAGGGCUCAGCUCAAAUUUGCUUUCAACCGAUGCCAGCAGGAGAGAGAUCAAGAUAUCCUCCAUACUGGAUUGAUAGCUUGGUUCACCUCUCUGGAUUCAUCCUGAAUGUCAGCGAGACCAUCCCAGAUGAUGUCGUCUAUAUAUCGCACGGAUGGGGAAGUAUGCGUAUUGCAUCUUCGUUGUCUGAAAAUGGCAACUACAGAGCAUAUGUUCGCAUGCAAGAAUCGGAGAAGAACAUCAUGUCAGGAGAUGUCUAUGUUCUUGACCAAGACCAGAAUCGUACAAUCGCAGUCGUUGAAGAUGUGAAAUUCCAAGCCAUUAAGAAAAAGAUUUUGAGCCUAUUGCUACCUUCACCUGGAACUGAAACAAGAUCUAUGUUAUCAGAAGCAGCACCAAGUCAUCACAAGAAACUUAAUAAAAGCGUCUCAGGCCACCACAAAGAUCCGCAGGUUUCGAAAGAUAUAUUCUCCGGAGUCCUUGAUCUGAUUGCUGACGAAACUGGGGUUUUACCGGAAGAACUCACCGAUGGUACAGACUUGGAGGAGAUUGGACUUGAUUCCUUAAUCUCCCUAGCAAUAGUUGACAAGCUCCGUCAAGAUCUUCACAUGAACGUUCCCAGUUCACUAUUUCUUACUUGCAGGAGGAUUGCCGAUCUUCGCACUUAUUUUCAAUCGCCUGAUAUGCACGAUUUUGAAUCGAGCACUUCUCACGCUUCCUCGGAACUGGGUGAAGAAUCAUGUUCUGGUUCAGGAUAUAGCACGCCUUCAACCACUGCCACCAGUGAGCCGGCAGACUCUCUUUUACAAGCUCUGCCAGGAAUAAUUGCCAGUGAAAGCGGAGUAGAUGUGGAAGAAGUUAUAUCAGGUACUACAUUUGCUCAUCUUGGUAUUGAUUCCCUACUGGGGCUUUCAAUAAUUGACACUGUUUACACUCAAACCGGUCGGAGGCUCCCCUCAUCUUUCUUUCUUGAUCACUCAACCUAUGCAGAUGUUGAGAGGAGCCUUGGACCAAUACACCCGACGACAUCCUCCCCUGCAUUGAGAGGCAUCAAUGAUGGUGAUACCCUGUCUGAUCUAGAUGCGCUACCAUAUUGCAAUUCUGUGUUAUUACAAGGUGAUCCUUUGGUGGAAGGACCUUCUCUAUUUUUGCUUUCCGACGGAUCUGGAUCUGCAGGCUCUUAUGCUGGUCUACCAUGCCUUGCUGGCAAUUUACCUGGUGAAUCAAAGAACGUUAAGGUUUGGGGCCUUAACAGUCCAUUUCUUGGAUGCUCUGAGCCCUUUGACAUAUCAUUCCGCGACAUGGCUGGCAUGUACGUGGACGAGAUUUUGAGAAUCGAUCCAGAGGGCCCCUACAUCCUGGGCGGCUGGAGCAUUGGCGGAAUCUUUGCUUUUGAAGCCACCCGGAUUCUUCGUCAAGCAAAUAAGCAUGUCGAGGGCCUUGUUCUUAUCGACUCUCCUUGCCCGGGAGUUGUUCCACCCCUUUCACCUCAUACAAUCGAUAUACUCGAUGAUCUCGGCCUCACUAAAAGUCAAAUAUCUCAGAAGAGGCAAAAGAGUACACAUGCACAUUUCAUAGGAAGUAUCCGAACGCUAGGAGCAUAUGUUCCUGAGCCAAUGAUGGGAUCCCAGGCGUUGAAUUGUUUAGCUGUAUGGGCAAAGAGCGGUGUUUGGGAAUCUGUUGAGGAUCACAAGAGGAAACAGGCCAUGUACAAGAUCCCAGAGAAUGAGUCACAUCAAUGGAUCAUGGAUGAGAGAGCGAAGCCUAUGGGACCAAGUGGCUGGGAAACUCUUCUACCAAAGGUGGAAGUUGAGGUCAUAGCUGGAGAUCAUUUCUCUAUAAUGAAGAGACCACAGAUUUCCCAGCUGGCCGAUGUGAUAUCACGCUAUAUUUGUCAUUGA